AUGUCUUACUCCGUGAAUAAAGAGGGGGAAAAUCGAAAAGAAAGAUUUGAAAAACCGCGCCUUUCUUUCUCCUUCAAACUUCUCCUGCUGGUAUGGAAGCUUUCUUGGUUUCUCAGUCAUGGUAACAAAGCCGAACCCCUUACAUGUCCGCCCAAUUCUCUCUUUCUCAGAAUUUUUACUUUCUAGCCUUAAAUACUCAACUUCUUCGAAGACCCUUUUUAACGCCGGCACCAAAACGAAUAAAUUCUUGAUUUACUGUAACACCCAGAUUGCAGAAAAUGGUCGAAAUGGAAAAAUUAAAGAAGCUGAAUCCAUUUUCUAUCGUAUGCCCACCAAAAAUAUCGUUUCUUGGACGGCAAUGCUUACGGCAUACUCUCAAAACAGGCAACUCAAGAAUGCUCGUGAAGUGUUCGCUAAAAUGCCUGAAAGAACCGUUGAGUCGUGGAAUGCAAUGCUGACGGCUUAUAUGAGGAAUAGAGUUGAAAUUAAUGAGAUUUUUAGUUUUUUUCAGUUGAUGCCGGAGAGAAAUUCGGUGUCUUUUGCUGCGAUGAUUACGGGUUUUGUUAAUGCAGGGAGGUUUGAUAUGGCGGAGAAUUUGUAUUGUCGGACUUCUAUGGUUUUUCGGGAACCUGUUUCUUCAAAUGUACUGAUAAAUGGGUAUUUGAAAGUUGGGAGGUUAGAUGACGCAGUUCGUGUUUUUGAUGGUAUGGUGCGGAAAGAUAUUGUUUCUUGUAGUGCAAUGAUUGAUGGGUACUCCAAGAAUGGGAGAGUCAUUGCGGCUCGGGAGUUGUUUGAUAUGAUGAAGGAGAGAAAUGAGGUAACUUGGGGUGCUAUGAUUGAUGGGUAUAUGAAAGUUUGUUGUUUCGAAGAUGGGUUUGAUUUGUUUCUAAGAAUGAGAAGAGAAGAUGAUGUGAGACUGGCGCCUACUAUACUUACAAUCAUUUUAGAAGCUUGUGGAAGAUUUAGCAAGCAUCAACAAGGUUAUCAAGUCCAUGGAUUGGUUUCUCGUUUGGGAUUUGAAUUUGAUGUUUUCUUGGGUAAUUCAUUGAUCACUAUGUAUGCUAGAUUUGGUUGUGUAGAUGCAUCUAAAGGUGUGUUCGAUUCGAUGUUAAGGAAAGAUGUCAUUUCAUGGAAUUCUCUUAUUUCAGCUUUUGUUCAAGCUGGAAAUCUUGAAGAGGGAUAUGAGCUUUUCAAAAGAGCUCCGGAAAAGGAUGUAGUUUCGUGGACAGCCAUGAUUACAGGAUUUUCUGAAAAGGGGUUGACUGAAAUAUGUGUCGAGCUAUUUAAAAUGAUUCCCGAGAAAGAUGAUGUUGCAUGGACAGCUCUUAUAUCUAGUUUUGUAAAUAAAGGGGAAUAUGAGGAGGCUUUUCGCUGGUUGGUUAAAAUGCUUCAAAGUGCAGUUAGACCAAAUCCUCUAACGUUAAGUAGCAUGCUUAGUGCUUCAGCUGGUAUGGCCAUGUUAAAUCAAGGUCUGCAAAUUCAUGCUCUUGUUUUGAAAAUGGAUAUGGAGUUAGAUUUGUCUAUCCAAAGUUCUCUUAUCUCAAUGUAUUCCAAGUCUGGAAGUUUAGAUGAUGCCUAUAGGAUCUUUAAAUUCAUAAAUUUCCCCAAUAUUGUUUCCUUCAAUGCAAUGAUUACUGGAUUUGCUCAAAAUGGCCGUGGCAAAGAAGCACUUAAGUUGUUUGACCAGUUGCAGAAUGAAGGUGAGCAACCUAAUGGCAUCACUUUUCUAGGGGUUCUUUCGGCCUGUAUGCAUGCGGGGCUCGUAGAAGAAGGAUGGAACUACUUCAAAUCCAUGAGAUCAUUAUACAACAUUGAACCAGAGCCUGAUCAUUAUACUAGCAUGGUUGAUAUCCUAGGACGAGCUGGUUUUCUUGAUGAAGCAGUUAAUCUAAUCAAUUCAAUGCCAUUCAAGACACAUUCUGGGGUUUGGGGUUCUCUUCUUGGUGCCAGCAAGACUCACUUGCGUAUUGAUCUUGCAAAGCUUGCAGCUCAAAGGAUUUUGGAUUUGGAACCAUGUAGUGCAGCUCCGUACGUGGUCUUAUCAGACCUUUAUUGUAUUGUCAGAAACAAGAAAGAUGAGGAACAAGUUAGGCUGGCAAAGAAAAUGAAAAGAAUAAAGAAAAUUCCAGGUUGCAGUUGGGUUUUGUUGAAAAACAAUAUUGGUUUAUUUCUCUCUGGAGAUCAGGCCCAUUUGAACUUUGAAGAAAUCAGCUGCACAUUGUGGACGAUUAUGGAUGACACGAAACAAUUAAGUUGCAUAGACCAUGAGUUGUUACCACUUUAAAAAAUGAUAAUAUGUGUCAGAAAAGGAUCUCCUCAAUUAUAAUGCUUGUCCAUCGACAUGACUAAAAUGGAAGGGGUGUAUUAGCAAAAGGCUGUAGAUAUUUUAAGAUGCCUGAUUGGGUUCUAUAGAUAGUGAUGCUCUCUGGAAGAAAUUUGAUGAAGUUCCUAAAGGGCAUUACCAGACGAUGUCCAUUCUGCAGCAUUUGACAAGUGGAAGGAUGAAAGAUUGCCAUCCCGACAUAUUUAAUCAGUGAGAUGAUGUCCCUGAAGCCUGCUUAAUCGAAAGGUAUUUGUAGCUAUCAUUUCUAGCAUGGUCCUAGUGUUAAAUUUUCAGUGUAGAUACAGAAUGUACAGCUCUCCGUUUUAUAGAGAGGUUACCCUUCCUCACCAUUUAGUUCACUCAGUCUAAGUACCUAUGAUUUGUUUGCUUUUCUGAAAAUAGAUAGGUAGACUUAGGAGCUCAGCAUUGGGAGAGUGCAUUCACUUUUCUUUGGGAAAUCGAAUGCUAUUGCGGCUUUUUAUCCUGCAAUAUUAUAUGAAAUUUGAGG